AUGCCAGCACACACUCUGAAGAUGACAGCAUCUGUUCAAUACAUAAGAAAACUGCUGGGAAAAAGCAGCUGUGCGACAAGCAACCUGUUGAACACUGGACACAAAACCCAGAAGAACACUACCGAUUAUAAAACCAUCAGGAACAAAGAUGGAAAAAGUCAUAAAAGAAACGUAGUGCAAUUCCAAGACAACACAACAGAGCAGUAUAUACGGAGAAGUGUUGAUUUAAGAAGAAAAGAAAAUGAAACUUUUGGGUUUGACAUCCAGACAAGCAGUGUUGAGAGAAGCAUCAGUACUGAGCAGGGCUCGUGUGUGUGUUGGGUGAAGGAGAACAGUCUGGCAGAGAGUAGUGGGUUAAUGACAGGUGAUGUUAUUAUAACGGUCAACAGUGUGUAUAUUGCUGGAUUCACUCAGCAGCAGAUCAACAAUCUGGUUCAAAAGUCCUCCACCUUAAUGAUGGAGAUUAUCAGAGGUUCUACAGAAAAGCAGAGACAAUUGCUUAGCAAGCUUUAUCUCCUGCAGAAACAGUUUACAGAGAAAUGCGAAGAGCUUCAGACACUCAUCGCAGAGGAAGUGCGUCUGGCAGGAGGUGCUGUGGAAAACAUCCAGAAACAUCCAAAUCCUGGCCAUAUGCUCAAGGAGACCCCAUGAGAGACCCUGUUCAGACAGCAUAUUUUCUGUACAAUGCUAUAUCGUGGUUUAAAUUAAUGAGUGAAAAGCUAAAUAUUGAUGUACAGAGAUGGAAUUAUUUAACAAUUUAUUUAAACCAUGUAUUUGUGUAUUUUACACUAUU